UGAAUAUGCUCGCUAAUAAUAAGUUAUCCAACAAAUUGUUUAGGGAAUCAGAUAUUGAGAAUAGAUAAGUUGGUGACAAUUAGAGUAAGAAAGACAAGGAAAAUUAUUUAAAGGAAUGGGAAGAAAGUCUGAAAAGAAAGGAACAUUUAGUAUACUUUAUUUUUAUAAAGAAUAUAGCUGGAAUCUAAACAUCAGGAAUUAAAAAUCUAUUCUAAAAAUCUUCAGAUGUAAAGUAAAGGACUCUUAAAGGAAAAACUAAAUUUGGGAGAGAAAAUUGAAAAGUAUAAUAGAUUGUUGGAAUAAAUUAUUGAUCAAUAGACAUUCGAUACACAAUUAACAAAAUCUAAUUCUUUGACAUCUUAAACUUAUAGAAAAUCACGCAAAAACGGAAUUAAUGAAUGUAAAGAAAGAAUUGGAAAUUUAUUGAAGACCAUAAGAUUAGAAACCAAGCCUUAUCUCAAAACAUAAUAGGGUUCUUAUUUUAGCAAUAAGACUGAAUUCGAAGAAAUUCUAUUUAGUAAAAGGAAUAAUCAUUCUUCUUCAUUCACAGGGAUAAUUAAUUUAAGCAAUAAAGAAGAAUUAGUAUCAAAAUAAUAAUAUGAAUAACAACGUAAUAGUAAAGACACUAAGGAAAGGUUUAGCCAAUAGUAUGCUACAUAAGAGGAGUUAAUCAACCAUUAAAAAUCCUUAUAAUAAUUAGAAGACAAUCAAAAGUAUUUUUAUUCUAAAGUGUAUGAAGAGUUGAAUAAAUUAAAAAAACAUUGA